AUGUACGUGAGCUACCUCCUGGACAAGGACGUGAGCAUGUACCCCAGUUCCGUGCGCCACUCUGGCGGCCUCAACCUGGCGCCGCAGAACUUUGUCAGCCCCCCGCAGUACCCGGACUACGGCGGUUACCACGUGGCGGCCGCGGCUGCCGCGGCGGCGAACUUGGACAGCGCGCAGUCCCCGGGGCCGUCCUGGUCCGCAGCAUACGGCGCCCCGCUCCGCGAGGACUGGAACGGUUACGCGCCGGGGGGCGCCGCGGCCGCCGCCAACGCCGUAGCUCACGGCCUCAACGGGGGCUCCCCGGCAGCCGCCAUGGGGUACGGCAGCCCAGCCGACUACCACCCGCAUCACCACCCGCACCACCACCCGCACCACCCGGCCGCCGCGCCUUCCUGCGCUUCGGGGUUGCUGCAGACGCUCAACCCCGGACCGCCGGGGCCCGCCACCACCGCCGCCGCCGAGCAGCUGUCCCCCGGCAGCCAGCGGCGGAACCUGUGUGAAUGGAUGCGGAAGCCAACACAGCCGUCCCUUGGAAGCCAAGUGAAAACCAGGACGAAAGACAAAUACCGCGUCGUGUACACGGACCACCAGCGGCUGGAGCUGGAGAAGGAGUUUCACUACAGCCGCUAUAUCACCAUCCGGAGGAAAGCCGAGCUGGCCGCCACGCUGGGGCUCUCCGAGAGGCAGGUUAAAAUUUGGUUUCAGAACCGCAGAGCCAAGGAAAGGAAAAUCAACAAGAAGAAGUUGCAGCAGCAGCAGCAGCAGCAGCCGCCGCCGCCACCACCUCCACCACAGCCUCCCCAGCCACAGCCGGGCCCUCUGAGAAGUGUCCCCGAGCCUUUGAGCCCUGUGUCUUCCCUGCAGGGCUCGGUGCCUGGCUCUGUCCCUGGGGUUCUGGGGCCGGCUGGGGGAGUGUUGAAUCCCACCGUCACCCAGUGA